GAGCCUAAGGAAAUAGGAUCAAAGCCAAAGGCUGACUUUAUGCCCGAAAUCAAUGCCAAAACUGAAAGCGUACCUAAGAAAAGUCAUAAGCCAGGAAAGAAUGCAAAGAAGGAAAUCGCAUCUAAGAAAAUUCCAGGGGAGGCAUAUUCGCAAGCGGCCAUAGUUGGGGAUAAAGGUAUAGGAUCAGAGCCAACGGCUGGACUUAGGACAGGAAUCAAAAAGGAAAUCGUAUCUAUGAAAAGUCAUAAACCAGAAAACAACGCCAAGAAGGGAAUUACAGCUGAAAAAACUACAGUAGGAGCAUCUUCACAAGCGUCCACAAAAGUACGACGAAAAAGAAAGUCAGAACGUAUGAUACUUAUCAAGGACAAGGAGGGAAAUCUAGUUAAAAGAAUUUCUUUACGAUUGUUAAAGCGCAACCUGAGGAGGAGGAAACUGAAAGCAAUGCUACUGGAAGCUGCUAGGGAACAGUUUGAAAUUAAUACGCCCGAUAUCGCAGAUAUGAAAUUAACAUCGCCCAAGAUCAUCAUCAAGUCGAAAGAAAUAAAACAAAACCCAAAGACCGAACGUAACCCAGUUACCAAGGCAAAGAAUGAAAAACCAAUGCAAAAAGUGGCUGCAAGCAGGCCUCCACAAGCAUUUUCUAAAGAGAACCAAAACGACGUUAUCCCAUUAGCUGAAAAGAUCCCCGUCGAGCCCAAAGAAGUCGGAUCACUUUCGGAGGUCUCGACCGCUGGGCGUUUCUAUGUGAAGGGCGCAAAUCAAGUUAGCAAAGUUCCUGCCAGAAGAUUUUCACUACCGUUUGAGAGUAAAAAAAUGCAGGCAUACAGAAAUGUACAAGCUGCCAAAGAAGAUGGAAAUAAUCAAAAGAUAAUUGUGGUUUCCAAGGAAGCCGAAUCCAGACUAGGUAAUGCCAAUGAGGGAAGUCUAGCUCGGACACUUUCUUCGAGGAGGACCUCGCUUGCGCUGGAGAGCAAAAGCCUGGAAGCAAACAGAGUUCUACAAGUUUUUAAGGACGACCUUGCCAAGCUGGCUGCAGAGAGGAGGAAGUUGUCAAAGAGCACAAACUCGGAAACUUUAGAUGAGUGGGAGCCAUACAAGGUGAAGGACAUGAAUGCUAUCUUCAGAGCGCGCAUUGUGCGUAAGGGACUGUUGCAUGGCAGAACCCUGAAGCUGCCGACACGCCGCGAAGCGGCACAUAUGCAGCCUCAUCUAGUGGAUGAGGACGAGAUGGAUUUGGAAGAAAUUGGCGUGCCAGAUAGCUAUGAAAUAUACUGGCCCAGCAAUCUGCAUGAGCUCGAGGCCAACAGCUUGGCGCAUCCCGACGAGGUGGUCGAAAUGUCGACGUUACUCUCAUUGGAUUUGCCAAAAAUGACAUACACGCCGGCGCUGUCGCUGGCUGAAAAGCCAAGGGAUCCCCAUCGACUCAGUGACUUGCAGCUGGAGGCGAUGAUUUAUGCUUGCCAGGCCCAUGAGCAGAUACUGCCAAGCGGCCAGCGUGCUGGCUUCCUAUUGGGCGAUGGUGCGGGCGUGGGCAAAGGACGCACCCUGGCGGCCAUUAUCUAUGAGAACUUUCAGCAGGGACGCAAUCGUGCCCUCUGGAUAUCCGUAUCGGAGCAUCUACGAUUUGAGGUGGAGCGUGAGCUGAACUAUAUUGGCGUUAGCGAACAGAUCAAAGUAGAGCCCAUUGGAAAAUUCAAAUACAACCAGAUAGUCUCGGAUGAGACGGAUAAUGAGUCCUUUACGAAGGGCAUCAUCUGCGCCACCUACACAGAGCUGACGGGCGAAACAUCAAAUUCGACAGCCAAAUACGAGACCCACGUGAGCCAGCUAGCUCAGUGGCUAGGCAAGAAUGGCAUUGUUAUAUUGGAUGAAUGCCACAAGGCGAAUAGGAUGAGUCUGAGCAACACCGAAAGGUUCAUCAAGAUGUGCAGUUCGGUGCUGAAGCUGCAACAGCUGCUGCCCAUGGCACGGAUUGUCUAUGCCUCGGCCACGGGCGCCGCCGAGCCGCGCAAUAUGGUCUACAUGACGCGGCUGGGCCUGUGGGGCAUGGGCUCCCCAUAUGCGGAAUUCCUUGAGUUCGUCAAUGCCGUGGAAAAGCGGGGCAGUGGCGCCAUGGAGAUCGUCGCCGUUGACAUGAAGCUGCGCGGCAUCUAUGUGUCGCGCCAGCUGAGCUUGCAUAAUGUCAACUAUCGCAUUGAGCAGGUGCCUUUGUCGCGAGAGUUUCGCAAGUUCUACAACUAUUCAGCGGAGCUUUGGGCCAAGAUAAAUGAGCAGCUAAUCAAGGCCUUUCGGCGCAUUCGCAUUGAGCCGCGUAUCCAGGAUCGGAUCAAUCGGCAGUUCUGGUCCGCGCAUCAGCGAUACUUCAAGAACCUUUGUAUGGCCGCCAAGCUGAAGCAUGUGGUGAAGAUGGCCAACGACGCUAGGCUCAGGGAGCGGGCAGUGGUCAUUGGGGUGCAGUCGACCAGCGAGUGCCGCGCCCUGCACCAUCUGGAAUACGACCGAUCUGAGCUGACGGGCUUUGUGUCUACUGCCAAGGCGAUCAUACAAUCGUUUAUUGAAAAAUACUUUCCAGCACCCAGCGUCGAAUGCUUCGAAAGGCUGCUGAGGAGCGGCGCCUUUGAUCCGGAGAAGCGCACAAAUGCCACGGGCGGCCCGAAGCGUCCACGCAUGACUGCCGACUGGUCCAGCACGACUUCUGACGAUACUGAAACCAGUUCCUCGGAGGAGGAUGAAGACGAUUGCAAUGAUGCUGAAAACAAGCCCCGACGCUCGAUAACCUCGAAGGCGGAAAAAACCAUGCACCAGCGCAUCCUGAAGCAUUUAUGCAACAACAUGAAAGCGGAGCCGGAAGAAGAGGGCUUCGAGUAUAGCUUUGACGGCAUCGAUCCCCAAGCAGACCAAAUCACAGAGAGCGAGGUGAAGCGCUGCAUCAGCGCACGGGAUAAGUUUCUCUUAAAGAUACAGCAGCUGAGUCGUCGAAUGCCGCCAAAUACUGUGGAUAAGAUCAUUGCGGAUCUGGGCGGCCCCAGCGAGGUGGCCGAGCUGACUAAACGGCGCGGUCGGGUGAUCAAAACAGGCGAUCUCUCCUACAAGUACGAGCUGCGCGGCGAUACGGAAUCAAAUAUGGAUAUGCUUAACUAUGCCGAAAGGCAGGCCUUUAUGGAUGAUAGAAAGAAGGUGGCCAUCAUCUCGGAAGCAGCCUCGUCUGGCAUAUCCCUGCAUAGCGAUCAGAGUGUGGCCAAUCAAAGGCAACGAGUGUACAUCAGUCUGGAGCUGCCGUGGAACGCUGAGCGUGCCAUACAACAGUUCGGAUGCACGAAGCGCACUAACCAGAUAAACGAACCGGAAUACGUAAUCGUCAUUUCGGAUGUGGCCGCGGAGCUGCAUCAGGCGAACAUGGUGGCCAUGGAACUGAAGAACUUGGGCGCGAUGGACAGCAAUCCACCGGAUGGGGAUCCUUUCGGUCGGGAUCAAUCGCUGUUCAACCUCAACAACAGCAUCGGCAGCAGCGCUCUGGACAGCGUGCUGCAGCAGAUUACGGGCAAGAAGCCGCUGGAAGCAGCACUCGUGCCCGAUUUCUACAAGGGCGACUUCAGCCUCGACUGCUCCGAGGCUCUGGCUGGCGUUGGCAUGCUCCAUAUGGGCCUCAACAGCAUUGGCCAGAGAAGCUAUGUCGUGAACAAUGGCAGCAAUCACAUACCCACGUUCCUGAAUCGAUUGCUGGGCUGCCGCCUCGAGGUGCAGGCAGCUCUGUUCAAGUUCUUCCUCAGCAAGAUGUACGCCCUGAUGCUGCAGGUGAAGCGCACGCGUCACUUAAACAUGGGCAUCACGGACCUGGACGUGCAUGGUGCCGUUGUCACGGUGACCAAGCUCAUCACCUUUAGGCGCAUAUAUGUCACGGGCACUGCGAGCACGGAACUGCACACCGUUGAGGUGGAGCGUGGUCUUUCCUUUGAUGCGGCUCUGACGGAAUUCAAGAAGAAGCAGCGUCAAGCCCAUGAGGGUUUCUAUAUACUGCAUCAGAAGCGCAACAACAACAACUGCGCCAUUUUGUGCUUGAAUAUCGAAACCGAUGAGGAGUCCACCGACGAGCCAAGCGAUCCGUCCAAAAUCAAUCUGGUGAUCAUACGACCUAAUACAGGUGCUCAGGUGCGCACCGAGCCGCUCAGCUCCCUGCUGGGUCGCUAUGUGAAGGCCUCCCCGAAGGCGGCCCAGCCAUUCUGGGAUAUGCAGUUCAGCAAGUGCCUGCACAUCUGCUCUCACAUUUACUGGAGCUGCAAGUGCUCCUACGGCAAGCGGUGCGGUCUGGGUCUGCGCGUCCGAUCCUAUCACGUGCUGUCGGGUCUGCUGAUAUCCGUGUGGGAACGUGUCGCGAGCAUUAUCGAGAAGAACGGACGACAGAUGCAGAUGGUGCGCGUCAAAACGGAGCCCAGCAGAAGGAUUGUCGGCAUUCUGGUGCCAGAGUUUGCAUAUCGUCGCAUCGUGGCCGAUUUGUCCUGUGACGCGACCGUCGAGACCAAGGAUUUCACUCGAGUCUAAUGAUCGAACAGAUUUCCUACGCAUUUGUUCAGUUUUAGUUUAGGCUUAGAGUUUUCGGGUUCCUACGAACUCUAUAUAGAGUUUUUAGUUUGUUUAUAACUUAACUAUGAUUUGUUAAUUAGUUCUU